CUGAAAAUGCAGCGUUGUGAAAAAAAGGGUUGCUCCUAUCGAGCAAGAUUGUGCUUGCCUCAUCAAAGGCCGAGUGGACUGGCUCUUUGCUGCAUUUCUUCUCCCUCUUUUUUUCUCUCCCUCACCACCACAUAUUGCACUGCAACCUGGAUCUCCCUGCAUAACAGUGAGCCGGGCAGAAGCCGGGACUAACACGUAGCAUUUACAAAGACACAUCACUACAUUCACAGCGGCCCAGAAAAAAUGCUUGGCUUUGUCAUAUUAAAAUGCACAAAGGAAGACGAGUGGAGCUUGAGGAGUUAAUGACCAGAGAUGAGGAGAGAUGGUGCUAAUACUGAAAUUACAAGAGGCCUCACCAUGCUGACGUCCUCCCUGUUCCUUGUGCUGCUCUGUGGGCUUUUGGGAGGCUGGGUCUUGUCCGUCUGUCCGUCUAUGUGCUCUUGUAGUGGGGGUCACCGUGACGUGGACUGUUCUUUAAAAAGCCUAACCAAGCUGCCACAUGGCCUGCAGCACAACAUCCGUUUUCUCAACCUCUCGUUUAACAGCUUGAAGGAUCUUGGUGGUCAGCUAAGCCGCUAUGAUCACCUGCGAACCCUGGAUCUCUCCUACAACCACCUGGAAAGCCUGCCGUCUGUCUUGCCACGGUCUCUAUGGGACAUCAAAGCAGCGUGGAACCGUCUACGUUGGCUCGACAAGAGAGAUACAGCUUACCACUGGAACCUUAAACUGCUGGAUCUGUCGCAUAAUGAACUGGAGAGAAUAGUUUUCAUCAACAACACUCUUCUUAGUGUUACAUCUCUCAACCUCAGUCACAACAGAUUUUGGACUGUGCCCACAAACAUGCCUCAUAACUUGGAAAUUAUAGAUUUGUCAUUUAACUAUUUGGUUCAGAUUCUGCCUGGCUCUUUGGAUCGGCUUCCAAAGCUGGUUAAAUUGUAUUUGCAUGCUAACCACUUCUCAGUACUGCCUGAAGGAAUAUUUGAUAAACUGAGAGCACUGAAAACAAUCACGCUUGGAGAUAAUCCCUGGGCUUGUGAGAAAGAAGACAACAUAACAAGAAUCCUUAGAUGGGCAGAGCAAACUCAUGCGACUGUGCUGGGGUGUCCCUGUUACACAACACCAGUCUGUGGACAAGGCCAUUUGGCAACAAAGGAAAGACACCUGGAUUCUGCUCCACUCACAGAGUCAACUAUGAACAAUAGAGGAGAAGAAUAUGAUGACAUGUUCACUGCAAGCAUUGUCAUGGUGACUUCAGCUUCUGAGACAAAUCCUUCACAGCAUAAGUCUGGGUUGGGGAUGUGGACCUCUACAGGUUUUCACAGCAUCUCCAAGCUCACAAGCACAACAGAACACCUGCUGUCUUCCACUGUAAAGCCCAAGAUGGCCAACUCCCAGAGCAAAAGUCAAAAGGUAUUUGCUCAGAUUGAAAUGGUGCUUCUAAAUAUUUUUGUUCUAACAAUAGCACUCAGCAUGUACUGAACUAAAGGCGCUUGACGCACUAAAUUAGACACCACAUUACCCUUAUGCUUAUAUGUGGAGUGCCAUAUGAUGCCUACAAAUGUUAGUAAUUAUGUUUGCAAUUCAAUAGUUAGAACACAAAUGCAUGAUCCUGUCAUUCCUUGUGUGGGAAAUAAACUAAGUCUAUUGAGAUCAUUCGUUUCUGUAAGAUUUCCAACAAGAUUAAUACAAAACUGGAAGCAGAACCACAAGAAUUAUAGCGAUAUUACAAUGUAACACGAGUUCUUCUUGGAUUCCUUAGUCGAGUUUGGUUGCAAUCAUCGCUAUAGUGUAAUAUUUGAUGCAUGACUAAAACUAGGGUCUAUUGAUGAGCCAAAAGACAAAAUAAAAACAAAAAAACAUUUGUUUUUCUUUCAUAGUGCUGUGUAAAGUUAGAAACUUUGACAAUAUUUUCAAUGAAAAAGGUUUCAGCAGACUUAUGUCUGCAAUACAUGAUAGGAUAAACCUUUAUUAUUCCACAAGUGGGAAAUUUGCAUCGUCACAGCUGAAAGCGGACAAUACAAAAUAACAGCAGAAUAAGUGAAAAGCAGAAGAAUAAAAAAAAACAUAUAGUGUAUCUAGAAAUACACAUAAGCAAAUACAAAUGCUUUUACAAAAACCUUAGGCAUACCAGGUUUCCCCAGAAAACUUGCCAACAUCAGUUUUAAGGAGAAAAGGGCAGCCGACCUAUCCUGGUAAAAUCCAGCCCCUUGUACUCUGCUGUUUGCUACAUACAGAUGACUUGGGCUCUCUACUACUGAGAAACGACUGUUUCCAGGAGGCGUGCACUCUAUUGACCAUUGAAAUGUUACCCAAACGCCAAUGUUGUAUGUAACACGCCAGUUGGAUGCUAUUAAGCUUACUAGAAACUCCCUGUGUUGUAAACAACCAUCCUGCACCGCGGAGAGAGAGCCUGAAUUAUUCUGAUUCAGAUGUAACAGUAAUCAGUUUGGUUUCUGUCAAUUUGUCAAGAUGCAAGGGAGAGCAAAUUAACCUUUUAUAUUUGUAAGUAAUUAAAUUUUACAUAAUUGCUGCUGUAAAAGCCAUAGUUUUUACCCAACUACUUUACUUUAUGAAAUAUUUCAUCCUAUUUAAUACUUGUGAUAAAUACUGCCAUGUUCUACAAAUAAUAGUGCAGUGUUUAUCAUUUAUUGAACUGUAAGAAAUUACAACGGCUGCAGUGUGCCACAGCAAAGGGAAAAUAACACCGAAAACAGGUGAACAACAAUUCAAAACCUUAAUGUUCUGCUUUUCCCCACUCUGUCGGCUUUAUUCUACACUCAGACCCGUUGCCAUGGCAACCAACGGACAACAUCUGAAUGAGCCACUAGAGCAGAAAUUACUUUCAAGUGUAUCAGGAGGAAUCAACACCAAAAACCAC